UGUUUAGAUUGAAAGACCCAGUAUCCAGUCAAAUCGACAGCCUUGAGGAGCUUAGGUGUUAGUCAGCGCUGUGCAGAAGGGGUACUUCUGGUUUGCGCUUGGCUGAGUCAGUGGGAAAGUGGUGUGAAGCGAUAUGGUGUAUAUGGACAAAACUCACGCUGAUAAGGAGAGGUUUAUUUGCAUAUAUCCAGCAUACAUAAAUAGUAAAAAGACUAUAGCAGAAGGAAGGCGGAUACCAAUCGAAAAGGCUGUUGAAAACCCAACUUUUGGAGAAAUUCGAGAUGUUUGUGCAGCAGCUGGACUGGUUGUGGCUGUAGAGAAUAAACUGUACCCACGCGAGUGGAACAGAGAUGUACAAUUCAGAGGUAGAAUAAGAGUUCAGCUGAAAAAUGCAGAUGGGUCCUUCUGUUUAGAACAGUUUCCCACACGAAAGUCAAUAAUGUUGUAUGUGGCAGAAAUGAUUCCAAAACUGAAGACGAGGACACAGAAGGCUGGGGGAGGAGAUCAGAACGCACAACCAGGGGAAGGUGGCAAGAAGAACAAGAAGAAGAAGAAGAAGUAUUUCUUCUACAACGUUACAGUUGUGUUCAUGUGACCUCAUGCUAUAGAAGAUCGCUACACCUAUAUCAAAGUUUGUGCUAUUCCAAACAGUGACCACGAUUCAUCAAUCACAUUUGAGCCAAUUUGUGUUAAUGAAACACGUGUUAUAGCAGAAAUACCUGUCUCUCAGGCUCUUCAAUCUGACUUGUCUUCACAACUCGUUAGUUAAGCUAGCCAUGUUUGUACAUCAUUUUCCACAUUGCGACAACACAGACCUGCAGACAAUGACUGAAAUUAUCAUACACAAUACUCCAGAGGUACUACUGCCUUGUCUGCAGCAUUAUGGACUCUGACGAAUCAUUCCCAGACUCCUCUUACAUUGGUUUCAGUGAAAGAUCCAGAAUAUCCACGUGUUUUUUUUCUGUUGUGAUUUCUUAGGCAAUGCUUUUACAAAUAAACAUCAAGGGCCAAAAGCUUGCGUACCCAUUCCAAGGCAGCAUAACAGAACGGGAUUGGUUCCUUACAAGCCUGCUGUACGAAAUCCACAGGGUUGGCCAACCAGCAUAUAUUACCAAUCUGUGUCUUCUGUAUGGAAUAGUCAUAGGGCAGUGACCAGCAUGUAGAAUAAUGACCAGACACACGUUCAUAGAAAUUAUAAGAGUUACUUUGUGAAAUUAAUUUUUAAUCCUUUGGUAUUCCACACUGCAUAUGUGCUUGUGUUGACAGCUGGAGGUUGAUGUUUUCCUAACAUCCAUUUCUCAAACGCGCAGGUUGUUCUACAGUGGUGUUGAUAAUUAACACCCCUCUGAAAUGGUCUUAGCAAACCAGACAAAUGGCUUCCAUCAAAAGGAACCGCACUGAGCAGCUGUCUCUGAACUUUUGUUCUUAAACAGGUUUUUCUGGUUUACACAUUUUAAAAAAAGCCCGACUAUUUUGACCGAGCUUUUGAUAACGUCUUAUUUCUUUAUGUAGCUGCAUCAUCAAUUAUAAUUAUGUGAAAUGUCCUGCAGUAUUGAUUAGCUCCUGAUCCCUGAGCAUUUCAAAUUUACCAUUCUCACACUGGUAUUUAAAUGAUUACAUCUCCAGCCUGUGGUUCAAUAAUCCCUGUUGAAUUCCCAUUGUUGACUCCAGCUUCUAGUUCAGCACGCGCUCUCCAAUUUUUUGCCCCACUAUUACCUGCUGUCAUCAUUUAAAACUACAUUUUGGAUUUUCUGCCCAAACGUGGCUUUGAUCGAAGUUUUACAAGUCUGUUCUUAAACUUAUGCACCUGUACAACACUUCUGAAAAUUUUUCUGUUAACAAUGCAAAUGCAUGUUGCUACUGACUUCUUGAAAUGAAAAUGUAAUUUUGGUGAAAAACAAAAAAACAAGCUGAACUGAAUUCAGAUAUAAAGCCGUUGUGUGAUUCAGUGAUUUUGUCUGUGAUACAAUCCCAAUAAAUACUUCCGUGUAUAACCUAUUUUUACCUUUCAAAAAUUUGCAAUUUCAUGAACAUACAAAAGAUCACAAUUUCCUGGUUCUUUCAGCUAAUCCCACGUGCUUUUGAC